AUGAAGUUCCAGGCCAUUACUUUGAAGUCAUUGCUAUUGACAUUGUCCUUGAAUAUACUUGUUCAUGGCCUUGUGUUACAAAAGAGAGAUCCAAAUCAAAUUGUGCAGGCUGACAGUUCUCUUGAAGAUGCUGAUGCAACUUUUCUACUUAUGGGAGAAAACAAGAGGACCGUUAGCACUUUGAAACCUUCUAUGGAUGAUGAUGACGAUUGUGAUGAUUAUAAAGAUGAUCUGUGUGAUGAAGAUGCCAGGGACGACCUGUGUGAAGAAAGUGAUGAAGACUCUUGCGACGAAAAAGAUGAUGAGUAUGGAUUCUACGCUCUUGCUGUGAACAGUGAGGUUAAUUCGACAAGAUUUCACCAUGCUAAAAGGCAUAAAGCUCAUAAAGCUAUUAGUGAAACUACAAAUCGUACUCUCCAUACUGGUUUUGCUAGUAAUUUGAUUUCACGUGUUAUCGAAGAAAAUCAGAACUCUGAAAUUCAAGACGUGCAAGACGAAUCUGCUCUUGCCCUUCUAUGGUUUAAGUUGGCCAGUCUUGUUUUACCCUACAAACAAACUACAUCCAAGAUUAAACAACAAUUUAAAGAACACAAAAAGACUAGUUUGAGCAAAGCUAACUCAUUAUCGGAUAAAAUAAAAAUUAAACAAAGGAAUCUUAUUCAAAAAAAUGAAUUGGGUCAUAAUGAUAUUCUUGAUUUGGUUACAACAAAACAAGUUCCAUCAAUUUCAGUUCUCAAUGCUUCUACUUUAUUACAAGAAAAAGAAAAGUCCCCAGAAGUCAACUUGACCGGUCUUCUCAGUCGUUUAUUUGGAAACGGGGAUGACGAUUAUGAAGAUUGUGAUGAUGUCUCAGCAGAUGACGAUGAUUGUGAUGACAGCGAGGAUUACGAUGAUGAUUGUGAUGAUAGAUAUACUUAUGAGGACCCUUGUGAUUUUUACGAAACGUCAUUCAAUGGAUCUUCUAAUAAAACACUGAUUGUACACCAUCAUAAACACAAUCACUCAAUUUCUAAAUUUGGGAUAGGAAAUUUAUCCAACGCGUCUUCCCUUUCAGAAUUCGAAUCCGGUGCCAUUACACUUAAAAUCAACCCGAUUUCGAUCAUUUUUACUAUUCUUGCCAUCUCAUUCUCAUGA